UGCACCCCGUGCACCCCGUGAGCGCGCCCCAGCAGCACCACUCCGUGCACGCCGCGCACCGCAGCGCCAGGGUCAUGUUCAUCCCGGACUCGCUGAGGUCGUGCAUGGUGGAGCCCGACGUGUCCACGUACCUGCAGGCGCCGUCGUCCGGACAGGAUGAGUUUCAUCCGUUCAUCGAGGCGCUGCUGCCCUACGUCAAGUCCUUCUCCUACACCUGGUUCAACCUCCAGGCGGCCAAGAGGAAGUAUUUUAAAAAGCACGAGAAGCGGAUGUCACUGGACGAAGAGCGGCGCUGCAAAGAGGAGCUGCAGAGCGAGAAGGCGGAGGUGAAGCAGAAGUGGGCCUCGCGGCUGCUGGGCAAGCUGCGCAAGGACAUCACGCAGGAGUGCCGCGAGGACUUCGUCCUGUCCAUCACCGGCAAGAAGCCCGCCAUGUGCGUGCUCUCCAACCCGGACCAAAAGGGCAAGAUGAGGCGGAUCGACUGUCUACGGCAGGCCGACAAGGUUUGGCGGCUGGACCUGGUGAUGGUGAUCCUCUUCAAAGCCAUCCCCCUCGAGAGCACGGACGGGGAGCGGCUGGAGAAGUCACCGGAGUGCGCGCACCCCGGGCUGUGCGUCAACCCCUACCACAUCAACGUCUCUGUGAGAGAGCUCGACCUGUACCUGGCCAACUUUAUUAAUAGUCACGACAUUUUGAGUGGCAUUUGUGAUAACAAUAACGAAAAAGACGACGACCGGGGGUACAGAGGGUACCCCCACAAUCCGUACAACGGAGUGGUCUGCAAUAAUACCAUCUUAGCCACCGGCGUAUUCUCCUCCAAAGAACUGUGGCGGCUGUCCAAAGCUUCGAUCAUACACGGCCACAACGGGAUGGCGCCCCCGGUCAACAGCAUCAAGAUGGAGAACCCCAGCUACUACUGCUCGAGCUACACGCCGCCCGCGCCCGACCACGCGCCCAUCAUGCCCACCGUCGCGUACAGUCCACUGUCGCUGCCGAGAAGUUCGCAGAGCCCCGGAGAGCCGCGCACCAAGCGGCUCAGACGGCUCUCGUCGCAGGACGACCUGGAGCUGGGGGCGGGGCCGGGCGCGGGGGCGGGGCCUGGGGGCGGCGCAGGCUCGGCCCCCAGCCGGGACAAGCCCCAGGAGGUCACCACCUACUACUCGCAGAGCCCCGCCUCGCUGUCGUCGCAAACCUCGUGGCACUCCGACGUGGACCAUACAGCACUUGGCGGUCCCUCGGGCUCGUCGCCCCAUCUGCAGAUGCAGGCGUCGGGGAAGUCCCUGAAAAGCCGGCUGGCGUCUCGCCGCGACGGUCUCCCUUCGCCGCACGGUUCCGUGGCGCUGCAGCACACCCCCAGCUACUACUCCCACGUGCACCCCGGCCACCACCCCGACCCCAACCAGCAGCAGCAGCAGCAGCAGCAGCAGAGCCCCAAGUACCCCGAGAACGGGCACGACACCACCCUCACCGACUUCGUCACAUUCGUGUGCAACCAGGAGGGAGACACUGGCCAGCAGGUGAGCAGCGGUCGAAGCCCCACCAGACUACCGCAGUACUACACCAGCUCCAUGCUCCCCCCUCCCCCGCCGCCCCCGAUGGCCAGGCCCGUGGCUAUCAUCCGGUCGACGGGGUCCUCAGGCGAGCUGCCGCCCGGGCCCCACACGCCCCCGCCAGUGGGCCCCCACUCGCCCCCCAUGGGCCCAGACUCGCCCCGGGGGCGGUCGGGCGCGGUGUCGCCGUCGCAGGACCCGCAGUCCCGCUCCGUGGUGUCGAGCCCCUUCGCCGUGCGGAGCGAGUACACCUUCAGCCACAUACACCAGCCCCCGCAGAUCUUCAGCUACCCGCCCAUGUCGGCGGCGUCGUCGGUGGGCGGCAUGGUGAGCGCGUCCAACCUGAGCCUGCUGGUGUCGUCGCCCGGCGUGUCGCGGAACGCCGUCAACCUGGGCGCCGGCCUGGGCGGCGGCCUCGGCGGUUCGGGGCUGCGGCCGGCGCCCCCGGCGCGGGCGCCCGUCUCGCUGAGCGGGCCUGGCGCGCCGCCCACGCGGUGGAACCCCGCCGCGCCCACGGCCUUCAUCGGCCUGGACGAGGAGUACGGCAUGAUGGCGCCGCUGCUGCCCGCCGGGGUGGCCGGCGACCAGCCGUCGCAGCAAAGCCUCAUGGACGACGACCGGUACUUCGGCGUGGCGCCGUCGCACGCCGAGCCCAUGGACACCAGCCAGGACAUGGGCGGGCCCCCGCCGCCCCCCGGGCCGCCGCCCCCCGGCUCGCAGGGGGCGGGCCCGGGGUCGACGGGCAGCCACGGCUCGAGCGGGGGGCAGUCGCCGACGGGCUCCGGGCCGCCCACCCCGGCCAAGGCGACGUAGGCCGUCGGGCUGAAGGAGCCUGAGCCUCAGCCCAGCCCCGGCCUGCUCCCUGGCCCAACUCUGCGCUGGUAGAGCGAAGAGCGAACCCCACGAGCAGCUCGGAGUGCCGCGAGACGCGAUUUGCGCCACGCCGGCACCCCGGGCACACGACACGACCACGUGACAGAGUCCUGUCAGUUUGUCACGGACAGUCAUGGACACGACGCGGCGCCGCCACGAAACGAAUGUGAUACGUUAUCUAGUUGGAUCGCUUGCUCAAGCAGGCUGUUUGUUGUUUAUUAACUCUUUUUUUUUUUUGUUUCUCUUGUUUAUUUUUUUUCUUUGGUGAGGUGUUUUUUAUUUUAAGUGGUGCCGAGAUUUGUUGUUGUUGUUGUCGCUGCCUGGAGACGAACUUUGAGUGAUUGCUCCAGGGGGCAGCGGGGGGACGAGGAGGGAAGUGCGGAGCUGUUUCUUGUUACCAAAGACUUUAGUGUAGGAGUAGGUCAUGCGAGACCACCUAGUGAACAAAAUGAAACCUCGGUCGUGGUUUGUUUUUCUUUUUUUCUUAAUUAAAAAAAAAUUGUAAUUGUUAUUAUUGUGACGGGGGUGCGUCGCGGGGCGAGCUCGCCCUGUGGGGCAGCAUCCUUCGUGCCACCGAAAUACGUAAGCCGAUCCACGCCCGCCGGCCUCCCAGUGAACGAGGAAGCGUGCAUGCCAUGCUUUCCUCCGUUAAGGUUGUGAUUUGUUAGGUCCGCUUGUGCCGAGCCGAGAGGGCCGUCGAGUGCCCCGCGGUGCCGGGCUGGCUUCGGGGUCUCCUUCGCGUCUCACGUGGGCGUGGUACUUCCCUGAGGCUGCCGAGCCACGCGAGGAGGCUCCGUGCUGUACAAGCCGCCGGGUACUCCGCGGUGUGUACUCAACCCCGAGUACUUCCGCGCAUUGCGGCGCUCCCGGCACUCUCGGCGAGGUGUUGAUGUCGGCCCGCCAAGGGUCCGCUAGGUGCUCCGUUUGUAUGCUGACUGGCACACUGUCACACUGGCACACGCUUUGCGCUGUCUCUCCCUCUCUCUCGCAUCGUUUGAAGAGACAGCCGGCAUGGCCAUGGCAUGGUGCAUGGUGCUGUUGUUGAACGCCCCUUUUUUUGCCACCCAUUUUGCCCCAGCCUUUGCGGUUUGAAUUGACUCGAGUCCGAAACAAUAGAAAUGGAAAGAAUAAAGAAAAUUACCGUUUUGCCUUUUGACGGGCCUGCUAGUAAAGAAAUUCUCUCAUCAGUUUGUGGAUUGUUUAGGUACCUUGUUUUUUGGCUGGACUCUGUAACUAUACAGCUUUAGAUAACAUUGGGCUCAGUGUUUGUAUGGUGAGGUGCGGAGGGGUAAUUUUACUGUCAUCAGCGAACUUAACGCAAGUGACUUGAAUGUCUGUUUUGGGACGCACAGAAAUAUUGGGGAGCAGUGGAACAAAACCACACGAGAGAAAAGCUUGCUGCUGUUCAUGGACCAAAUACUGCAUACAAGUUGUUUUCAUGCGCUUCAUCUUUUCGUACAGGAUUUGUCUUGGAAAAGUAGUAGCUUUUUCAUGUUGAUGCACAAACCUGAACACAGAUGCUUGUUCUGCUUUAGUUCAGCUGUGGCAUAAAAGAGGCGUUCCUUUCAAUAGACAAUGUUUUACACUAUGUAUAAAUUGUAUUAUAGGGACAUGAUAAAUUUUUGUUAUUGUCAAGUAUUUAUUUCUAAUAGUAAAUGGAUAGUUUAAGUAUGAAAUGGGGACUAGAUGGCUAUGGCUGUUGGCUUAACUCUUUGUAUUGGGUGAAACUACAUGCCUGUCAUAUGACGCAUGACGAUCUCUGCAAAUUUGUCAUGUCCCUAAGAUUCUGAGGUAUUAGGAUGUUUGCUUUCUAUUAGCGUGACCUUUGAAAUAAAUUGUGUCUUGUGAGGAGUGAAUUCGAAUGCUUCCUUUUAACCAAGGGCCAAAGUGUUGAUGGUUAAUAGAUGAUCCAGGAUACAGUGGUGCCUCUUUGAGCCCUCUGGGUUCGACCUGAGGCAUAAAGAGUAGGCAGUACUUGGUUGGACCAAACCACAUGGUUGUAUUCUUUGCUCAGUAAUGCUUCAGUAAAACUGGACCAUUGUCUGCUUUCUCCUUCUUGUGUUUUGGAAAUGGUACUCCUUGAUAAAAAGGCACAAAAUCUGAGACUUCUUUGUGACACUUAAUACUAUCAAAUAUUACUGUUCGAAUUUCUUUAAAAGUGCGGAAAGCGAAUCGAUAGCAACAUCUCAAACACAAGUGUCGAGCUUGAGUUGAUUGUGUUCAAUACUAUGGGAUAUAGAUAAUAUCCAUGCACUGUCAAUUUGAUUUCAUUUUAUUUAAGCUACUCGUGAUUUACUGUGAAGUGGUUCAGUUCGUGAAAAGUUGGAAUAUUGAUGCUGUCUUUGGAUUGGUGGUUGUGUUAUGGAAUUUUUAAGGUUUAAUCAGUUAAAUUUGUGACUCAGUCACUGUACAAAUUUAUGGUAGAUACUGUUAAUUCCAAGCCACACAAUACAAGGAAAGGUGAUUUCAAGAUCCCACUUUAAGACUACCUGCAGACUGCCUUUCAUUUUAUAAUUUAGUUUGUAGUUCUGAGGGAAGAUGGUGGCUCUUAGCAUUGUCUAAGUUUAGUGUCUCAUGUGUCAACCAGUGUAAAUAUCCAUAAAAUAAAUAUUUGGUGGACACGAGAAAUUUAUUGAAUAUAUUUGAUCUUCCCUCAGAUCCUGCUGCUAUGGGAGUGUUAGUGUUAUGUUGCUCACUUCUCUGUACAUAAAGCAUAUUUAAUUUUUAAUAAUACCUUAGCUAGUGACUAGAUCUCAUUAUGUUUUCCUUAAAAGGCUGAGCUUGAAGGCCAGAAGUAAGCCAUCAGUUUCAAGGAAAGGGACUGCAAAAGAACUUCGUAGGAUUUAAUCCUAAUUUGUAUCAUCCUUGAUUUAAUUCUAGGUGCAUUGAGUUAACCGGAUAAAAGCUAUUCAAUUCAAGCUGGUUUUGAUUUGUAUACAUAAGUAGGUUGGCUUUUUUUCCAUCUGCAGGUUUCUAACAUUUUUACAUGUUCAAAUGGAGAUUCUAGUUAUUUUCCUGCUGGUAUACAGAAGGAAAAAUCUUUCGUAAAAACAUCCAAAAUGGAUAAAAAAUUUACUCAUGAAGAGUAAGUUAAGUUUUGAAUUUAUUGUAAAAGAACUCCACUUCACAGUUGUCACACAGAUUUACUAGGUCAAUAUUUGUUAUCAUUAGUGCCAUGUACAGAAAAAACAUAAGUUCUAUGUGAGCCAAUAGCCUUUAGGUCUAACAAACAGUUUUGUAAAUACAGCUAUUAUAAUUUAGAUUUCAGAAAUCUUUGUUUUUUAAUAUAUAGUUUAUGUUUGUUAUUUUCCCGUUUUUGUCAUAAUGAAUAAACUGUGCAAUGUAUCAUUUA